CGUGAAGCGACAUGUAGGGGCUGUAUAACAAGGGCUCGCGCAUCUGUUCGCCCCAAAGACUGUGUAGUCGAUUGACUUUUGUCUCCCCCCCACCGGAUCUUGCGGGAUCCCUCGCACCUCGGACUCAGGCUCUCGCCUCCUCUUCGCGACGCUGAUAGCCAGUGUCGACACCAAAUCCGUUCGAACAUUGCAUAUUAUUCGAUGGCCUCGCCUGACACACGGAUGCGCGCCCUCCCGACUUCAUACCACUCGCGUUACAGCAGAUUGGCGAGUACUUCCGACCCGGACGUCAUUAUCAACAUCAGUUCCAGCGACGACCUUUCUGCUCCACAAAGUCAGCGACCGAGGAGCAGCAAUGGCAUCGCAGACUAUCAGAGCAGGCAGGAUGGCAAGAUCGACAUCCACAACGCGGAUGGCCAGAAUCCUGCGUCUGCGUCAGAUACAUCUGGCGCGUGGGCCAUGUGCGCUGAAGAGGUCUGGAAACAUGAAGAAGUCACCAUUCAGAAUUGGAAGGAAGAAAUUGACACAAUGCUGGUCUUCGCAGGUCUGUUCUCCGCGAUAGUCGCCACCUUCGUCAACCAGUAUUGGUCUAGUCUCCAGCCAUCCUUCCAGGCUUCACCACCACCUGCAUUCAUUCUCGUUAUGUCGGCCAACAUGACUAUACUUCCCGGGGGCAUCGAGAACCUCAAUGGCACGAUCAAUGUGCCUACAAGCGGAACGACCGGCCUGGCGGUCGCCGUGAAUACCCUAUGGUUCUUUGCGCUAGUUCUCAGUCUGGCCGCUGCAUCCAUCGGCAUCAGCGUCAAACAAUGGCUCGAGCACUAUGUCGUCCCACAGAGCGUCGUACCGCGACAGCGCGCUCAAAUGUGGCACUCUCGGCGACGAGGGCUGCUUGGCUGGCGCGUCCCCGAGAUCAUCACAUUGAUCCCGCUCCUACUUCAGAUCGCCCUCGCUUUAUUCCUCGUCGGAAUGGAACUCUUUCUCUGGACAAUGAACCACCUCGUCGCGGGCGUCGUGUUGGCGCCGACAGCGCUGAUCCUCGCGUUCACUUUGUACACGACCGUCGCGCCAACUCUGGCGGGCGACUGCCCAUACAGGUCCCCUCAGGCGUGGCGCGUGUACCAAGGGCUCCGCCGAAUCACACAACUGUUCACCCUUGUCUCGAAGUUCGGGUUCCUCACGGGGUGGAGAACAUUCCUGUUCGCGGGAAGAGCCAUCAGGCCGGGGUCAAGCUGGAUUGCCAGGGAGAAGGCCAAGUUGCGGCGCCUUGGUAAGGGCGAAGACAGCUUGGACGUGCUCGUCGCUGCCGAUAAGUUCAUAGGUGGUGACACCUUCCUCGAUCAAGUCGUCAAGCCCUGCCUCAGCCACGCCGACAUCUACUCCGCGCUGGCUAUCUUCUACCGUAUAAUCCAGGAACGCGCUCACUUCAUCGACACCACAGCCGGCCAGAGACCGAUGCCGAAGUGGCUUGCAGACGAGAUGGACAACAAUUCUGUCGUUGUCAUGGGCCACUUGACGCUGCAGAUGCUCCGUCGUAUCGAGGCAGAGGGGGGCGAGGCCGAUCAGCAGCGCGAAGAGCCCAGGCUCCUCGAUCUACUCGGGCGACUCCUUUCCGCUAUGCCCGUAACAGACUGUUCGGUCUACGAGGGCUAUGUGGCCUGGUUUAUCGGCGCAGACCUGUCACCAGAGCCCCGCAAAGAAGCCCUUGCACUCAUCUGGCGGAACGCACCGAAAUUUCUGGGGAUCACCCAGAACUGUGUGUGGCUCUCGGCCAUAUGUGCUUGGACAUGGUGGAACAGCUGCAACGGAACCACGGCGAUUCGGCCCCAUCAGCGAGCCGACAAAGGAGCAUUCUUCAAGCCUUAGACCACAUCAUCUACGCUACUCCUCCACUGCAAUCAUCGGUUUACGACCGCCUCUGCGCUUUGAUACAGACAACGGGCGUUUCCCAAGGCGCCGGAGACGAGAUGGUCGACGUGGC